AGUCUGUGGGUUGCAGUAAAAUGACUGCCAUUACUAUUGCCUUCCUCGCUGUUGUUCUAACAGCGAGUGAAUUUGCCUACAGUCAGCUGUGGCAGGAUAUUUACGUCACAGAAGCAAGAAUAGGAAUAGCAGACUUAAAGAAGAAGCAAAAUGAGAUCCUGGGGAUACUCACUGCUCUCCGUUCAGGAUUUGAAGACCAUCAGCAAAAGCAGAACGAUAUACUCUCAGAAAUGCAGAAGAAGCUGGACUAUAUAGAAAACAAUCUGCAAGGUGCAGUGAACAACAUCCAGGACUCCUUGCAAGGACAAGAAGAACUGAAAUCUACCCUUCGCCAGGAUAUAUCUGGAGUCAUCUCUAUGUUGGAGACUGGAGGAAUAGAUGAGUGCUCAGAAGGAAGCCACAACUGCACUGAUUAUGAAGCUUGCACAGACAAGUUUGUGCACUUUACAUGCACAUGCUUGUCUGGUUUUGCACGGGAUGGUUCACGCUGUGAAGACGUCGACGAGUGCGCCCAAGGGAAGGACGAGUGCAGCCCCCUGGCAACAUGCAGGAACUCUGUCGGGAGUUACAGCUGCUCCUGCAACCCACCUUUCGAGGGAGAUGGACGAACCUGUGAGUUCCCGUGCAGAAGCCCGGCCAAGGUCCUCGAGGGUCUGGGAUGCGUGAAGUUUGUGCAGGAAUCGAAGACCUUUGAGGAGAUGAACGCCACCUGCCACCAGGCAGGUGGCCGUCUCCUACAGAACUUUUCCUAUGAACAUUUACAGGAAGUUGUUCGGGCUUUUGGUAUAGGAGGGAUAUGGAUAGGCGUGCACGAAGGGAAAUGGCUGGAGAGCGGACUCCCUCUACAAGAGGAGCUUUGGACGGAAGGUUCCCGGGAAUCAGACCCUUCCAGGAGGAAUGGGCUUUGUGGCGGCAUUGAUCGGGUUCCUUCUUCUUUGUACAAAGUGAGUCAACGUAAAUGUUCAGAAAGGUGGUGGGGUUACUGCCAGUUCGUAACCCCACAGAAGUAGUCAGUCAACAUGAGGCUGAUCGUCUGUGGGAGUAGGAGAAGGCAGAACAACAACAACAACAAUAAUAAUAAUAAUAAUAAUAAUAAUAAUAAUAAUA